UACAAUCAUUCAAAAUAAAUCUUCGGCUCAAGCAGCGAAAUUAUUAAAAUUAAAUUAAAUUUCGCUAAAAUUUAAAUAAAAUUUUGUGUCCAAAACAUCAAUGUGACGUUAGUGACAACAACAGCAUCAAAAUUAAAUCAAAAAAAAGCCGCAAAAGUGAUGAAAAGUGAAAAAAUAAGAAAAAAGUCGCGAAAAAGUUAGAAAAAUUCCACAAAAGUUGAGAAAAAAGUGAAAAAAUCCAAAAAUCAACCAAAGUGAAAGAAAUUUGACAAAAAUUCUCAAACAUUUCAGUGAGAAAUCGCAUCAAAAAAGAUUAAAAGCAAAAAUACAAAAAAAUAGAUUGGCCGCGGCUGCGUUCAUAAAAUACUUUAGUGUUAGUGACAUACGGCCAUAGUGGCUGCAACUCGUUCAUAUACACAACAAAUAAAAUAAUAAAACAUGUUAAAGUGGAAGAAAGUAACAAACACAACCGGGCCACAACCGCGACCUCGUCAUGGCCAUAGGGCUGUUGCGAUACGAGAGCUAAUGGUUGUUUUUGGUGGUGGCAAUGAAGGCAUUGUUGAUGAGCUUCACGUCUACAAUACUUUCACAAACCAGUGGUAUGUUCCAGCAACAAAAGGAGACGUACCUCCAGGAUGUGCUGCAUAUGGCUUUGUAGUUGAUGGAACUAAAAUUUUAAUUUUUGGCGGAAUGGUUGAAUAUGGCAAAUAUUCAAAUGAUUUAUUUGAGCUUCAGGCAACAAAAUGGGAAUGGAAGAAGAUCCAUCCAACACCACCAUUCUCUGGUGAAGCUCCAUGUCCACGUCUAGGUCAUAGCUUCACCCUUGUCGGUGACAGAGUCUUCCUCUUUGCUGGUCUCGCAAACGAAUCCGAUGACCCAAAACACAACAUUCCCAAAUACCUCAACGACCUUUACAUUUUAAACACAAAGAAUGGAAGUUACAGCUGGGAGAUUCCAAUUACUUAUGGUGAAUGUCCACCACCACGUGAAUCACACACAGCUGUUGCAUGGCAUGACAAAACUACUAGCAGACAUUACUUGGUUAUUUAUGGUGGCAUGAGUGGAUGUCGAUUGGGUGAUUUGUGGAUUUUGGAUAUUGAGACGUUGUCUUGGAGUCGUCCAAAGUGCAGUGGAGCUCCACCGUUGCCAAGAUCCCUUCAUUCAGCAACACUCAUCGGCGAUAAGAUGUAUUGCUUUGGUGGUUGGGUUCCACUAAUUGUCGACAACUUUACAUGCGAGAAGGAAUGGCAAUGCACAAAUACACUCGCCGUCCUCGACUUGAAGUCAAUGUCAUGGGAAAAUGUUGAUAUUAAUAUAGAACCAGCACCAGGAGUUGAAAUUGAGGACAUACCACGUGCUAGAGCUGGACAUUGUGCAGUUGGAAUUCAUGGACGACUUUAUGUAUGGAGUGGACGUGACGGAUAUCGAAAGGCUUGGAAUAAUCAGGUCUGUUGCAAGGAUUUAUGGUACCUGGAAGUUGGACCACCGCCACAAGCUCAACGAGUUCAACUCAUUCGUGCUAGCACAUCAGCUCUCGAACUCUCAUGGACAUCAAUUCCAAAUGCUCAAUAUUACAUCCUGGAAGUACAAAAGCUUCCACCCGUCGUGGUUAAUGAGAAGCCAGCGAUUCCAUUAAAGGAAGAAAUUGAGACAAAACCACCAACACCAAUUGCUGUCGCACCAUCACAACCGAAAAUCAUUUAUCAACCAGCACAGUCAGGCGAUAAGAAGCCAAUGAUUAUUUUACAGCCGAAGAAAUCCAUUCAACUUCCAACAGUUCGUGCUCCAUCAGUCUUCAAAGUCAUGCCUUCAGGAAGUGCCCAAACAGCAAAUGUCUCAUCAGCUCCAAUUAAGGUCGUUCAAAAGCAGUCAAUCGUUUCAACAGCUCCAACAGGCACAAAUAUCAUGCGACCAGCCUUUGCUGGAAAUGUCAUUAAAUUAAUGCCAGGAGCAAUAUUAAGUGGCAAUAAGAUCAUCAUGAAGCCAGCAACAAGCGGAACAAUGCAGCUAUCAAAACCAGUAACAUCACAGCAGAUCAUUGUCCAGCGACCAGGAGGAGGACUUAACUUUACAACAACAAAUGCUUCCACAGGAUUUAAAUUGAAUACAGUUCAAGCACCAAGAAUUGUUAUGCCUUCAAAUUCAGGACCGAGACCGAUCACAAUUGGAGGUAGAACAGUAACUCUACAGCUUGCACCUGGACAGAAGAAAGUGACACUUGUUAAUGCAGCACAAGGACAACAGCCUAAAAUUAUCAUGAUGCCAGCAACAUCCACAAAUCAAGCAAUUCAACAACAGCAGCAACAACAACAACAACAACAGCAGCAGCAAAAUAUGGAACAGCUUGAUGGAUGCUUCAAUAUCGAUCAAUUAGAUGGCGCUGUUGACAAUGAGGACGAUAUUGAGAGUCAGAUUAGUACUGUAAAGAUUGAGAAGCAUGGCGAUGGUGAGGAUGUUAAAGUAACGACAAGUGGAGCUGGAGAUAAGCUUGAGGAAAAUGAGGCAGCAGCGAUAUUGAGUACAAUUAGUGAAGUUAGUCAUCUAUCGUCACAUACUAUUAAUACACAUAUUGGAAUGCAUGAUGAGAAAGCCCUUCGGAACUCCCUCAACGAGAACCUCCUAGCGUCGCCAAUCAUCUCCCACUCAUCAGAUUUUAAUGGUACCACAGACAGUUAUGGACGUCAAUCACUUGAUGCACUCGCGGCAGCAGCACUUCAGGCAUCAAACAGCAAAGCAGUUGCCAACCUAUCACAACUUAAUGAGACAAAACCGAAAGAACUUUUAGGCGAUGACGGAGAGAAGUGGAUGGUUGUUGGAAUUUUCAAAACAUUGACGCAAAAUGUGACAAAUUAUGUUGAUUACCAGUGGCAGAAUGCAGCGGAGAAGUUGACAAGUGAAAGUAUACCAGAUUUGAGUUUACUAGAGAAGGUUCAGUUGGAACAGGGACGUGCUUAUAGAUUCAGGAUCGCUGGUGUUAAUGCUUGCGGUGUUGGAAAGUUUAGUGAGGUCACAACAUUCAAAACCUGCCUGCCAGGCUUCCCAGGUGCUCCAUCAGGCAUCAAAAUCACAAAAUCACAAGAAGGCGCUCACCUCAGUUGGGAGCCUCCAUCUCAAUCACAAGGAGAAAUCACAGAAUAUUCAGUAUAUCUUGCUGUUAAGGAUCCAAAUCCAUCGAAAGCUACGCAGCUUGCAUUUACUCGUGUCUAUGUUGGUAAAGAGAAUCAGUGCGAUGUUGGAAAUGACAUGAUUAAGACAGCACAUCUUGAUACGACAAGUAAACCUGCCAUUAUCUUCAGAAUUGCUUGUAGAAAUGAGAAGGGGUAUGGACCAGCUACGCAAGUUAAAUGGUUGCAAGAUCCAUCAGCCAAGGCAGCACCAGCAACAGGACCCGGAAUUAAAAGAACAACAAUGGUGACAGCUCAACAGCAACAAAAGCGCUUCCGAACACAGUAAAAAGUUGAUAAUAAUCAGUUUAACUUUAAAUAACAAAAGGUUUUAUGUUUGUAAAAAAUUAAUUUAGUGCGUAAGUUGAAUGAAAUUAAGAUUAUUAGACGUAAUUUUAAGAUUAAACGAGCUUCUUAUAUUAAAAUGGAAGCAAAAUUGAGUAAAAUUCAUGAAACAAGAAAAGAAGAAAUUGAAAAUUUUAAGACACUGUAAAAAAUAAUUAUCAUAAGAUCUAUAAAAAUCCUCAAAAUAAUGAAACUAGUAAAAAAUUAAUUAUUUUUAUAAGAAAAAUCCCGAAAAGAAAAAUUCAC